UCGACCCAAUCCAAAGUUGCAAUUCUUCCCACCUUGAAGAGAGGACAGGACAGGACAGGGCAUGGAGAAAGCCAUGGACGCAGGGCGGCAGAGCGAGGUGACGUGCGUGGACUUCUGGGCCAACGAGUUCGGCAUGCGGGUGCGGAUCGCGCUGCGUGAGCUAGGCGUGGCGUUCGAGUACGUCGAGGAGGACCUCCGCGUCCGCGAGAGGAGCGAACUGGUGCGGCGCAUGAACCCCGUCCACCGCUCGAUCCCCAUCCUCAUCCACCAUGGCCUUCCGGUCUGCGGCUCCGUCAACAUCAUCGAGUACAUCGACGAGGUCUGGGGUGAGGCCCGUUUGCUCCCCGGCAACCCAGUCGACAGGGCUGACGCUAGGUUCUGGGCUGACUUCGUUGACCACAAGGUGUUCGGCGCCCAAGUAAGGUUUCUCGAGAGCAAGGGCGAGGAGAAAGAUGAGUUGGUCGAGCAACUCAAACGCCUAGAGGAGGUGCUCGGGGACAAGGGCUUCUUUUCUGGCGACGACUUCGGAUUCUUAGACAUCGUUACUAUCCCAUUUUCAAGCAUGUUUCAUGGGUACGAGCAGCUUGGACGGUUUGACCUUGACGUGGAGUGCCCCAAGCUCACGCAGUGGGCAAAGAGGUGCAAGCAAAGGGAGAGUGUCCUCACCUGCUUUGAGCUAGUGUCCGUGAUGAAGAUUAACUAUGACAAAACUGGAGUGGGGGUAACCAUGAACCCUGGCAUUAAUGCUGGAGGUCAUCUCCCGGAAGCUGACCUUGGAGCUGGUGACGAUGAUGAUGCAGCAUGCAAGAAGCACAUUGGAGUGGUAUCUGAGAGCCCUGUCUCAACCCUUGAAGCUGCAUAUUUGGCGUCGCCAUUCAUAGUUUGA